AUGUCGCUCAAUGGCCUAGACGACCCCAAGGUCAAGGAGGUCCACGACGCCUCCGUUGCGGAACCCGGAGGAUGGUUUCUCCUCAAGUAUGCGAGUCGCGAUGAUGUCGAACUACUGGGUCGCGGGAACGGUGGCAUCGUGGAGAUCCGGAACAACAUAGCUCAGUACGAAGACGAGAACGAGGACCAUUCGCCCUUGUUUGGCUUUCUGAGGUACAGGCGUCGGAACGUAAUCAUUAAAUAUCUUCCCGAAGAUUGCUCUCGACUUGUUCAAGCGCGUGUAACUGUUCACUUCAACGCGGUGUGCGAGCGUUUUGCACCGUACAACACGACCUUCUCCAUUGCUACCGCGAAGGAGCUCAAGGACACCAAGCUAUCUGCCGCCUGCUCCUUGCACGCUGCGUCUGGCUCGACUUCGUCCUCUACAAGCUCGCUGCGACGGAGACGGUUGAUGGAAAUCGCGGAGGAAGAAGAGGAAGAACAGAGAGCUAGCAAAAGAAGAUCAGUCGGUGACGGUCUGCCGGAAACCCCCGGAGAAGAGACCGCCGAGGCACCGAAGUCGCCAAUCCCAGAAGAUUCGCCGGUGAAGUUGAAUACGGACCUGGCAAACUUGCCCGAGGAAAGCAAGUUCUCCGAGACCCUGGAGCCGCCAGAAUUUGUCGGAGCCAGACCGUCCUCCCCCACAAAAUCAAUCGACGAAGGCCGGCGCAUGUCAUCACAGUCCUCGCGGCCCGAACUGUACAGCUCGUCCUCAUACACCAGCACAUUCGGCAAACCCAGAGUUAAGCUUGCACCGCGACCUUCACUCGACGUCGCCGGCCAUCCGCGCACCGCAGCUGUGGGGGCAGCUUUUAGACCAAUUUCGCAAUUACCGUCCGGCUUCAAGUUAUUCUCCAAGGGCGCCAAAAAGGGAAAGACCAAGGAAAAUACUCUGGACCCUUCCGAAGCAACCCACCUUGACGAAACAACCGAAAUCUCCUUGGCCGCCACCGCAACACCCCUACCCGACGGGGAUCCCAUUUCCCAGGUUGACGAACCCGUUAGACCACACACGAGCUCGGGACCAGGAGCCCGACCCACCACAAGCUCGGGCGCCUCAAUUAAAUCAGCCAUGCCGGCCCUCACCACCGCCGCCCCUGCUACCAAGCAGACUAUGACGCCCGAAAAGGCGCGUCUGAUGAAGGCUAUGAAACUGCGGGAAAAGAAGAAGAAACUCAGCAUCCAACCCACUUCUGUUCCUGUCGCCGACGUCGAUGUCGACGUCGACUCUGCCCCGACCGAGGAAAACGUCACUGAAGAAGACAAGGCGGAGCCUACUGAACACGUCGAGGAGCUAGCCGAGCAGACCCUUGCUACCGAGGCCGACGGCGAAGGAGAGAGACGACUCUCAGUUUCCAAGGCGGACUCUGGCAUCGUUGUCGACGCGUCCUCCGUAUCUGUCCACACCGACGUCGCUUCUGAAAUCACCCAGAGCGACUCGCAUCCUGCCUCUCCCAUCAUUGCUUCCUCCGAGCCUGACCACUCGACCAAGGCGUCAUCGCUAUCCGAGUCUACUGACGAGACGGUGAAGGAGACGGAGGAGGAUCUCCAAGAGCCUGAAGCAGAGCCGGUUGAUGACGAAGCCGUCGUGGACGAGACCCCCAAACCAAUCGAGCCCCUGCCCGAGCUGGUUGAAGAACCCGAGACCGCCGCCAUCGAAGACACCCAGCCCGAGACCGAUGUCCCUGAAUCAAGGGAGCCUGAGCAAUCACUCCCGACCGAUAACGAAGUGAAGCCUGUCGAGCAGGUGGAGGCGGCCGAGCCCGAGAAACAAGAUACACCCGUUGUUGAGCAGACCCCGGAGGUCGCCCAGGUUGAGGAGCAGCUUCCCGAGGAGGUGCCAGAGACUGAGAAGUCCGAGGUCCAGCCUGCAUCUGAGCUGGUUGAAGCUGAACUUCAGCCCAAACCUGAGAAGAUCGAGGUCGAGGUGCCCAAGGCUCCCCUCACCUUGCCCGUCUCCAAGUUCUCCACGAGCCCAACGCAAGAGAAGGCUUCCUCGCCGAAGCAAUCGCCCAAGGAGGACGUGAAGCAGGAGAUUCAGACCGCCUCUCCGGCAAAGGAAGAGACGCCAAAGUCACCGCUGUCACCUCAAUCCCCGAGCCUGAGGGUUCCCAGAUCCAAGUUCUCGACACAAGAUCUAAGAGCUGCUGCGACCGAGGUUCCCAUGAUCGUGUCACCGGAAGAGGUUCCUGAGGAGCCUCUUCAGGCCACUGCGGAGGAGCAUGGCGAGAACGACCUCCAGUCAGCCGAGGCUGAGAAGCGGCACUCUCUCGUCGACCCCAUCCGCACUGAUCUCGACGAGUCUGAGAAGAAGGAUGACGGCAACAUCUCCGACGACGAGGAUCUCAUGAAUGAACUCGACUCUGCUACCGUCGAGCACGCCCAGCCGGUAACCGUCUCGAAGUCGCCGAUCACACCAGUUUUCCCUAGUCCUCCACAGCCCGCCAGCAGGCCCACCUCUCGUGGUGUCGUACGCACCAUCUCUAACCCCAUCCGCGGCAACCUUCUCACACCUGCUGAUGUGGCGGCACAGGACCAGAACAGGAGAUCCAUCUCUUCUGGCGCCGCUUUUCUACACAAGAUCACGCAGCAGCAAAAUCAGAACCUCGCUCCCAAGCAACCUGGCAAGAUUGGGUCUAGCAUCUCCCAGCGAAUCAAGGCCUUGGAGAAGCUCUCUGCAAACGCACCUGGCGUCGUGGAGACCGCCGACUCAAAGUCACCAAGGCCGUCUUCUGCAUUCUUCUCCGUCAAGAGGGGAAGCGUCAGAGAGCCUCCUUCUCGAUCACCAUCGGUCAUGGAACGCACAAACUCUCUCAGGGUGCCCAGCCCAGCGCCUUCAUCAAUUCUGGAGGACACAAGAGAUUCAUCCCCCGAAAGUGCCAAAACCCGUGGGAGAUCCGGAUCUAUGGCCAACAGGCUCUCAAUGUUCGAGGUCCCCGGCGCACAGCCGCCCAGAGGACGGCCUGAAUCUAUCUCUGUCACGGCACGGAUCAUCCGCGAUCCCAGCCAAGUAGGCAGGGUCCCGGAGCCACCUAAGGAUCCUUCUGAGUUCGGCCGCCUUGAGCUUAGGGAGUCUCCACUGGUCGUCGAUCACCAGAAGGCCGAGCCAGAGCCUCCUAUGCCCCCGCCCGAGCUGGCGAAGGUUGAGGUUUCCAAGGAGACGAUUCAGGAGAGGAGACUUUCUAAGGAAAAGCGCCGCUCCCAGUCCGUCGACCCCGCAGAGUUGGAUGAGCCCCCUCGCCGUUCCUCCCUCAGCAUCAUGAAGGAUUUCAUCAAGGACCGCCGCAAGUCCGUUACUUCGCCGUCCGCCGAGGUCCUCAGCGCUCCUCCUCCCAUGUCUCCGUCCAAGUCCCCUACAAGACCCCCUUCCACUCACCAGAACUCCGGAGGCUUCACCCGUCGUCUGUCUAUCAGCAGCCGUCGCUCCUCCAUUAGCAAGGAGAACCUCGCCAGCGGAGCCAUGUCGCCUUCCAUGUUCACCGAGGGCAGCGGCUCCGGCGACGACAGCAAGUCUACUACCAGCGACAAGAAGAAGAGCCGUGCCAGCCGAUUCAUGCGCCGCCUGUCCUCCUCGCUCAGCAGCGCGGGUCGUAGUAAGACAAUGACUCCCACUGCCAUCUCCCCCACCGUGCAGGAGGAGGACACGCUUGAGGUCACCCGCCUCCAGCAGCCCACCCUCGAGGCCUUCAUGGGCGAUGUCAACGUCCAGUUCCCCGACAACCUGCUCUGGAAGCGUCGCAGCCUUUGCCUGGACUCCCAGGGCUUUCUGAUCCUCAACGCCGUCGCUGGCUCUGCUUCCACCGCCGCCAAGGACAGGCCUUCUACUGGUGUCGGCAUCAAGAGAUACCAUCUCUCCGAGUUCCGCACGCCUUAUAUCCCCGAUGUCGAGCUGCAAGAGCUGCCCAACAGUGUUGUCCUUGACUUCGUUGAGGGCUCCGGCCUGCAGGUUGCGUGCGAAGAUCGCGCCGGACAGUUGAAUGUCCUGCACAUUCUCCAAGACGCGCAUCAGAGCCACAGCUCCUUUGGCCAGUAA